CUCCUCCUUUUUAUGGGUAAUAGCAGUUAUUCUUGUAAUUGCAGUUACACUAUAAUCUCGCUCAUGAUUAGAGACGGGAAUGGGCUGGUUUCUUGUUGCUGCCAGAGCAGUAUCGGUUUCAUUUUAGUUGGACAGCUGUAUUCCGCUGUAGCUCCAGGUCUGUGCACCUCUGUUCUGCUGUCAGCUAUGGCCAGCAGUUCGGUCUUCGUUGUUUCGAUAGAUUUUGGCACGUCCUACAGUGGGUACUGUUAUUCCCUUGCUUCGGGCACAGACCAAAUCCGCCAGGUGUACUGGGGAAUGGAACAUGGGUACAAGACCCCAAAGACGCCCACUUGCAUCCUGUUCAACCAGAAUCAGGAGUUCAAGAAAUUUGGCUAUGAUGCUGUGAUGAAAUACAAGAACUUGCCACCCGGUGAAGUUGACAAGUGGUACUUCUUCCAGAACUUCAAGAUGAGCCUGUACGACAGGAAAGUCACUUCUGACAUGAUGCUGGAAGCCAGCAAUGGAAAGACCCUUCCUGCACUGUUGGUCUUUGCUGAAAGCCUGCGCUACAUGGAGCAACAUGCCAUGAAGAAUAUCCAGGAGGCCUCUUUCAAUACCGUCUGUGACCCUGAGGAGAUCACCUGGGUUAUUACUGUCCCAGCCAUAUGGACUGCAGCUGCCAAGCAGUUCAUGCGGCUGGCAGCAAAGGAGGCAGGACUUAUCUCUGACAUGACUUCUGAGAAGCUGAUUAUUGCCCUGGAGCCAGAGGCUGCAUCACUCUGGUGUAAACAGCUUCCACAGGAAGGGUUUCUUACAGAGGGCAGCAACAGUAAAAAGUUUGAAGACUCCCCUGGGAUCCAGUACGUUGUUGUUGACUGUGGAGGUGGCACGGUAGACAUCACAGUACACGAGAUCCAAGAAGACUGUUGCCUGAAGGAGCUACAUAAGGCGUCCGGAGGUGGAUGGGGAGGAAACAGAGUGGAUGAAAACUUCAUUGCGUUUCUCAGGGAAAUAUUUGAUGAUGGUGUAUGGGAUGAAUAUGUAGAGACUUGCCCUUCUGAAUUACAGCAGAUGAUGUACAACUUCGGUCUCCAGAAAUGCUCUUCUGACAGGGAGGCAGUCUAUUUGCACUGCUACUACAGAUUGACUACACUUGCAGAAAAAAAGAAGGAAAUCUCCCAGUUCUUCAAAAAAGCAGAAGGAGUCACGUGGUGUGACGGGAUGAUCAUGAUUACAUUUGAGAAAAUGAAGAGCUUUUUUGAAUACAGUAUCAAAAAUAUUAUUGUUGCUCUGAAAGAAAUCCUUGACAAGCCUGAGAUGGCCAAGGUCCAGUACAUUUUGCUUGUGGGAGGCUUUGCAUCUAGUGUCAUCUUGAGAGAUGAGGUCAGGAAGGCUUUUAGUAAGAAGUAUCAUAUACUUUGUCCAUUGGAGGCCCAGCUUGCCAUUGCAAAAGGGGCUGUUUUAUUUGGAAUCAAUCCAGAAGUUGUUACCUCAAGAAUCAGUGCUCGGACAUACGGUCUAAGAGUAAGUAGGGAUUUUGAUCCGGCUAUCCAUGACAUUCGUAAUCGAAGAGUCUCAAAAGCUGAUGGCUAUGUCUAUUGCGAAGGUCUCUUCCAGAAACUGGUGGGAGUUGGGGAGUCUGUGAGUAUAAAUGAAGUUGCCCAUUAUGAUUUCACACCAACAGAACCAGAUCAGACAUGUGCACUGUUUGCUUUCUAUUCCACAGAAAAGCAGGAUGCUAUGUAUGCAGAUGAGGAAGGGCUGGAGCUGGUUGGUUCAUGCACAGUACCAAUGCCAGACACAAAGUUAGGGAGGAAACGCAAACUGAAUCUGGAUAUUAAGUUUGGGCUUACUGAAUUUAAAGCCACAGCUACUGAUGUUACUUCCAAACAAAGUCGGAUAAUUACAAUAGAUUUUUUAUCAGUGUAAAUACUUGAGUCUUAGAGCAGCAUGGCCUACGUGGGAGGUGCCAACCACCACGAUAGAAAGGCAAAUGGACCACGAAGUCUGUCAUCUGUCCUUCUUCUCACAACAGUAAACAGUUUGCAAUUCUGA